CGGGGCUCCGGCAGCAGGCGGGCGGCAUGGCUGGCAGCAGGAAGCACUGGUCGGCGCUGUCCAGCCUGGCCCGGCAGCGGACUCUGGAGGACGAGGAGGAGCAGGAGCGGGAGCGCCGGCGCCGCCACCGCAACCUGAGCUCCACGACGGACGAUGAGGCGUCCAGCCUCGCCCAGAAUGGAGACCGGCCGGCGGCUGAGAGACUGCCGAGUGUGGAAGAAGCAGAGGUAUACAAGCCACUGCCCCUAGCCUCUAAAGAAGAGGACAAAGACGUCCAGGCCAUCCUCAGGUCGCGGCAGGAGCGGAGGCAGAGGCGGGAGAGGCUGGAGGCAGAGGAGGGAAGGGACAGCUCGGGCUCUGGGCAAGCCACGCAGCAAACCCUCGUGCCCAAGAAGGAACUACAGCCCCCAUCUCGCCGGAAACUGAGCCAGGAGCAGCGGGGUCUCUGGGCCCAGGAGGAGGAGAGCUUGGCAGGCAGGGAGCCAGAAGCAGGGAAGAAGGGGGCUCCAGAGAAGACCCCAGUCUCAGAGAAGACAUUGGUGCCAGAGAAGACAUUAGCAUCUGAAAAGGGACUGGUCUCAGAGAAAAUCUCCAUCUCCAAGAAGGUGCCAGCCCCAGAGAAAAUAUCCCCCUCUGAGAAGACAGCAGUGUCAGAGAAAAGACGCAGUUCAGAAAAGUCAGUUCCAGAAAAAACAAGUGUCUCAGAGAAGACUCCAGGCCAUGAGAAAACAUCUGUGUCAGAGAAGAUAGCAGCGUCAGAGAAAAGCUCCAUCUCAGAGAAGUCAGUUCCAGAAAAAACAAGCUUCUCAGAGAAGAUGCAGGCCCCGGGGAAGAGGUCCGGGUCGGAAAGGAGACUGGUGUCUGAGAAAGCAUCAAUCUUUGAGAAGUCACGGGUUGCCGAGAAAAUCCCAGCCACAGAUACAAAGCUUACCCCAAAGAGGGCAGCAGCCUUAGAGCAGCCCCAAGCUGGGGAGCAGCCGGCCUCUGCAGGAAGCCAGGCCACCAGCAAGGAGCACAGAGAAGGCUCCCUCCCUGGGAAGCACACUCCUCCCCCGGCAGAGCAGGGCACACCAGACUCUCCGUCUGUGGCUGCCUACCUCCCGCCCAUCACACUCCAGGUGAAAAUUCCCUGCAAGGAGCAAGAGGCAGACGCAUCCUCACCCACCCAGCUCACCUACAGCAGCUCCCUCAAACGCUCCAGCUUCAGGACUAUCUCCUUUCGGAUGAGCCCCAGGAAAGACAACUCAGAGACCACCUUAACCCGCAGUGCGAGCAUGAGGCUCCCAGCCAGCACGGUCAAGUUCGGGGAGAAGCUGGAGCGAUACCACACAGCCGUACAGAGAUCAGAAUCCGUCAAGUCUUCAGGCUCCUCCCGCACCGAGUUCUUUGUGGCUCCUGUGGGUGUAGCCAGCAAGCGCCAUCUCUUUGAGAAGGAACUGGCAGGCCAGAGCCGCACAGAACCAGCCUCCAGCCGGAAGGAGAACCUGAGGCUCUCAGGGGUCGUGACAUCAAGGCUCAACCUGUGGAUCAGCAGGACCCAGGAGUCUGGCGAUCAGAACUCCCAGUCCCUGGGUUCCACCCUGAUGCCCACAAUCAGGAGGUACAGAAAGAGUCGGCAGCCACCAAGAAGACUCAAUGGGGAAAGAAAUCAGAGUCCUCACUGGAUGUGGAGGUGUGACAAGCCCUGCCAAGACAGACCUGCAUGUCUGCGUCUCAAGGGCCUUCCUUGUGCCAGGCCUCUGCCUCCCGCAGCAGCGUCUCUGUCUCUCACUGCCCCUGCUCUCUCCGUGCCUCUGGACCUCUCUGGCCAGGCCCUUGGGGACUUGGAAUCUCGGUGAGACUCAUCCAGCUCCCACCUGGCUCAGCCUCUGGGGGCGAGUGUGUCCUGGCACCUUCUGGUCCUGCUGCAGGCACAGCAGAUGCUGGGACCAGCGUCAGCUCCCCGCACAGCACUGGCACACAUCAGCUGCAGGGCUCACGUGUCCAACCCAGGGAUGUCCCCUCCUCCCUGCUCACUCUGGGGGUCAUCUGUCUCAUGUUCCAGCACAUGCCUCCAUGUGCCUGUGAUGUCUCCCUCACUGAGGCCCGGGCCCACCCUGGGGCCUGCUCCUAGCUGCUCGGCCCACUAGGGCCAGAUUGCGGUGUUGCUGUGCAUCGUCCCCAUGCCUGUCUCCCUGCUCUGUUCUCCCCUCCCUUCCCUGGCCUGCUGCCUGGGCCAGGAGCUCAGUGCUUUUUUGUGCAACCACUUAACCUCUCUCUGAAAAACCUGUUCUCAGGAAGGAUCUGAUAAACUCAUUCACUCGCAGGUGUAAGAGACUAA